AUGAAGCAUGGCCUGACUUCGCUCGUCGCUGCUCCACCACCAGGCGCUGGCGCAGGCUACGACGGCUCUGGCGCCGGCUACGACGGCUCUGGCGCCGGCUAUGCUGCAUAUGGUGGUGCGGGCUACGGCGAUGCCUACCAUGGCCACGGCUAUGGCCACGGCUACGGGCACGGCUAUGGCCCGAGCUAUGGUCAUGGCUAUGGCCACGGCUACGACGAGUACGGCUAUGGCAGCGAUUAUGGAGGAUACCCUCCGGAACAAGAUUAUGCCGGAGGAGAAUACCACGACCAGGCCUCCUGGCAAGAUCGCGGCUAUGGGGGAGGUGAGGGCAGCCCAGUCGAAGGGGAGGAGGCAGAACCACAGGCAGACUAUGGCGAAGUGGAUCCACGGCUUGGGCAAGGCAAAGAUCCAGCUCUUGGCCCUGACAUCGUUGAUGGACUGCGAGAUGUCCAUGACAAGAUCAAGGACGUGCGUGAGGCGUUGAACAUGUAUCGCAUCGUGAAGGCAGAUGGCAGCCGCGCCAUGCAGCAGCUGGAAAAGAUUCCGCGCCAGAUGCCGGGAGGCGUCCCCUGGGCAUCUGCCCUUGAUCUUGAGCACGUGGUGGAGAAGACAAAGUACAUACCAGCAGCUGACUUCGACAACCUCAUCAAUGGGAUGCAUGUCAUGCAGUUGAGCCUUGCGGACACCCUCCGCAACUACCUGAUGAAGAAGGCCGCUGCGCAUGAGGCGGCACGCGAGUCCAUGUCCGAGGCAGCCGAGGCUGCUCGUGAAGCUGCCGACCUCAUCCGCGGCGGCAAUCCGGAUGCCACGCCCCCGCCCGAGGACGACUAUGUGAACGAUGAGGGCAUGUAUCCUGAGGACUACGACUAUGACUAUGCUGCCGGCACAGUCCCUGGCGCCGGCGGGGAAAAUGGAGAUGAAGAGAUCCCUCCCGAUGCCACGUUGGAGGAUCUACCGGCCUUGAACGACGUGGCCGAGCUCAAAGGCGAAGGAGUCGACCUUGAGAAAGAGAGGGAAAUGAUGUACGACGACAACAUGGAGAAACAAAUGUCGAAGAUCUCCGCUGCGCCGUGGCUGCUAUCCACGCUGUCAUGGCAGAUGCCGCACGCGCGACAUACGCGGCGACGGCGGAGCCACGAAAUGUUCUUGGUCUGUGCUCAUCUAGCUUGA